GCUUGUAAACCAAAAACGAGGGGGAAAAAAAAUCGAUUUAUAUCUUUUGGCUGCGGGGUCUUGGGCCUUGCUCGCCCCUCAUCUCCCUCUCCCUCUCUCUCUCUCUCGCUGCUCCAUGUCCAAAUUCCUCUUCCGAAAAUGAGGGGCAAAACCCUCCUAAACCCCCCUCGGAUCAUCACUUAGGCCUAAACCCUAGUUCCUCUUCCAUCCUACACCUCGACGAAAGCUUUCAUGGAACAACAGCCGCUCCGUUCACUCUCAAAACCCUCUAAAUCCUAGCAGCGAUCCCUCCUCCCAUGGACGCUCGCCGCAGCACAAGAAUGGUAAUCGAUCCUAAGGUGCGUCAAGUGGGAUUCGUCACCCCCGGAGCUCCGCCGCCUGAUCGGACCCAGUCUGGACCGCCGGCGUCCUCGCCGCCGGUCUCCGACAUUUCCCCUGCCGCUAACUCCCUCUCUCCGGUUAUGAUCCCUCCUCCUCGCCACGCCUCUGACAACGUCCUAUUGUCUCUGUCCCUCUCCCGUACGGUUCCCACGUCUCCCCUUGCCCGGCGUCCCUCGGCUUCCGGGGACUCCAUUCCCGUCGGUAGCUACAACGCUUCUGAAUUCUUCCAUGGGUCGUCCCCAACUGCGACACCUUUGCAUUCAAGAAAAAUUGGCGAUAGUGAGUCAUCUGAAGAUGCACUAGGUUUGGUUCGGAAGGGCGGGCAGGGUAAAGUGGUGGUGUCAUCCUCAUUUCCGGGCGAUGGUGAUUUGGCAGCGGUGAAGCCGACUAAUUUUCCUGCUAAUAAUUUGACUAUUGUGUCGGUGGUGAGCGUGCCACCAGGAGCGCAUGGAAAAGCAGGAGCAUCCAUUGAUGUACAAAAUGAGCGACCAGCAAGUUCAAAGCCUCAAAAAGAUAAAUUGUCAAAAUCUCAAAGGCGUGCCCUUCAAGACUCUCAAAGGGCAGCCAAAGCUGCUGCAAAAGCUGAAGCAAGCAAGGCACGUGCUGCUUCUUCUGGAGUAGCAGCUUCAGUGAAUGCAAAACCAGCUAAAACUACAAAGCCUUCGGCACAGAAGAAAGAGGGGGCUUUAGUUGUAGCAUCUGAGAAAAAGGAAGGUGAUCGUCCAUCAGACAAAGAGAGGAAGAAAGAGGUCCCUCAUCCACGCAUGCAAUUUGAUGAUAAGAGCCGAGUGGAGAAAGCAAAAAGGCGAGCAGUUGUAAAACAAACUGAAGCUAGAAACAGAGUUGAAUUAUUUAGGCAUUUGCCUCAGUAUGAACAUGGAACCCAGCUUCCUGAUCUUGAGUCAAAGUUUUUCCAACUUGAUCCAAUGCAUCCUGCUGUUUAUAAGGUUGGAUUACAGUACUUGGCUGGAGAUAUAUCUGGUGGCAAUGCUCGUUGUAUUGCAAUGCUUCAAGCAUUCCAAGAGGCCAUCAAGGACUAUUCAACACCACCUGAAAAAGUUUUUAUUAGAGACUUGACUGCAAAAAUUGGUAGUUACGUUUCAUUUUUGAUUGAAUGCAGGCCCCUUUCAGUCAGCAUGGGGAAUGGAAUAAGGUUUCUGAAGAGUCGAAUUGCCAAGUUGCCUUUGACUCUGUCAGAGUCUGAAGCAAAAGCGACUCUUCAGUCAGAUAUUGAUCGCUUUAUUAAUGAGAAGAUCAUACUUGCAGACAAGGUGAUAGUGAGGCAUGCUGUAACAAAAAUUAGGGAUGGGGAUGUUCUCCUUACAUAUGGGUCACCAUGUGCUAUUGAAAUGAUAUUACUGUAUGCCCAUGAGCUUGGCAAACGUUUUCGUGUUGUGGUAGUGGACUCUCGUCCAAAGCUUGAAGGGCAGCUGUUACUUCGUAGGCUGGUGGGAAAGGGUGUUAGCUGUACUUAUGCUCAUAUAAAUGCUGUUUCUUAUAUCAUGCAUGAAGUUACUAGAGUUUUUCUGGGUGCUUCAUCAGUGUUGUCUAAUGGAACAGUUUACUCAAGGGUUGGGACUGCAUGUGUUGCUAUGGUUGCUCAUGCAUUCCGUGUUCCAGUCUUAGUAUGUUGUGAAGCAUAUAAAUUUCACGAAAGGGUACAGUUUGAUUCAAUUUGCUCUAAUGAACUGGGUGAUCCAGAUACCAUUUCUAAAGUUCCUGGCAGGGAGGAAAUUAUGUAUCUGGAUAAUUGGGCCAAUAGUGAAAAUCUUCAACUUCUGAAUCUGAUUUAUGAUGCAACACCUUCAGAUUACAUUUCAAUGAUUAUCACAGAUUAUGGCAUGGUUCCACCCACUAGUGUGCCAGUCAUUGUUCGAGAGUAUCGGAAAGAACACAUAUGGAUAUAAAUGGGUCACCAAUGAAAUCACUGGAGGCUUUUCAAAAUUUUGGGUCUUCCAACCUACUGGUAGUAGGAGGGUAUAAUAACUCAAAAACAAGCUUUGCGUUCCUUGCUUUCUUCUCUGUUCACUGUUCUGGAAUAAGUCAUACCCUUAUCUAUGGACUUGGAUUUGUCUUUUGCUUUUUGUCUGUGUUUUUUUUUUCCCCCCAAUGUAUUUUGGUUGACCUGACUCUGAGAAGAGUGCGAAGUUUUCGUCUCUCCGGGCAGUUUUAGGGAUUACAUUCUUGUAUGUUGUAAUGUGUUUUUCCUGUAAUGGUUGUAAACAAUGGGUGUAUCUCCUCUGUACGAUCCCUGUGAUGAUGUACUGUUUUGGCAUUACUGGUUAAAGCAGUAUUGUUGUUCCAAGGGUUGACGCUGGAUCUUGUUGCCUUAGUCCUGUUGGCCAGAAAUAAGUCCAGAUCUGAAGAAUCUUCAAUAGAAAUGUUGUGUUAGGGAGCA